AUGCGCCUCUCGUCUUCCAUUCUUCUGAUUUCUGCAGCGGUGUUGACGUGCAACUCCAGUUCCGGGAUACCGGAUGUAAAACGCUCGACGAGAGAUCGGUCCGAAGCUGAGACCGACAGCGCCGAUCCUGUCAAGCGGCUGUUGAGGACGGACGACACCGCGGAUGACGAAUCAAGGACGACGUUGCUCCCUCUGGCAACGGACCUGCAUGUUGUUGAUGCUGUGAAGAGGAUUGAAAUGCAGAUCCCCAAAACUUUGAAUUUAUCUCAGAUGCCUUCAGACAUGGAUCGUCUUAUCGAGCAGGUCAUCGAUUUAUUAAAUGGCCGCGUCUCUAAGUCACUCUCGAAGCCUGUGAUGAAUGGAGGUCGCGCGAAUCGGAAAGGCUCGAAACCAAAGAAGGGUCCGAAAGCACAAAAGGAAGCACACAAAGCCGCCAUCAAAGCUGCAGAGGACAACCGGGAACUGAAGGAGGUAUCCAGGAAGAAGAAGCAGACGCAGCAGGCCAAGCAAAGGGAGGCAGACGUGGAAGAAUGGCUGAAUGAAGGACUAGAUGCUGAUGCGGUGCUCGGUCGUCUGCUGGAGAAUAAGGACGGGUUCAAAAUUCUUAGCGAGUCAGACCUUGUUGCGCUGCAGCGAUUCCUCAUAAAGUCCAAGAAAAAGACGGGCGCGACAUCGGGGUACUUGCUGUUGCGGACGCUGGUGGAAGGCUUCCGUGACGAAGCUGUUGUUGCUCGUAUGUUGUCAGCUGCUAAGGGGAAAGAGGCUAAACCGACUGUCGCAAGUAUAGCCCAAACGCAGCUGCUGCAAGGCUGGCUGGAUGAGGGGAAUGACUUAGACGUCGUUUACAACAAGAUGAUGACCGCUUCUGACGCUAGCCCGAAAGACAGGGUCUUGGAAUACACCCUCGCAGAUACGAUGAACAUCUUCAUCGGUUUGUAUAAUAAAAAGUACCCGAGUAAGGAGGUCGAUCCGGUCGGCUACCUAUUGAAAAGGGCCAAAGAUGACAGCGGCGUCGCGCUCAUGGUUUUUCAAGCAGCGGAUAUGGGUCUCCCUGUCCAGGCACUUCAGCACGAAGUACUUAGUAGGUGGAUGCAUUAUAGAACUUAUGAUCCGAACCAGCUUUCGGCAUAUUGCUUCCAGAAGCUCGGCAGCAAAGGAUCAUACUAUGCGGGCCUGAUGGAGAAGGACUUCGCCAAGUUUCGUAUCAAGAAUCAUGAUGUUCACGCCAAGCAAAUGGCAAGAAUCCAGGGUAACUUACGAGCCAGCUAA